AUGCUACCUAAAAAGAAACGAUGGACCGCUGCCAUACGCAGUUCACCUCCAGCUUCUCAAACACCGCAGCAGCCUUCCGCGCCACCAACAAUUCCUUCACCGGGUAAAAAUCAGUGGACCACUACCCAUUCACCUAUAUUGAAUUCUUCCUCCAGAGCAAUCACUCGGCACCAGAGUCCUCCAAACUCCGCUUUGCCUCUAGGCCAACAGCCUAUAACGGCAAAUAAUGUUUAUCAAUCAACCGGACUACCCGUGGCGUCCACUUCAGCAGCCUUUCCCAUCGGUGGAAGUGCUGUUUCUGUUUCCGGGACUGGACACGCUCGAUUAGGGGGAGGUGGAUCAGACAUGGGGAUCCAGACUACAAAACAGGGUCAGCUAUUUCCUGUUCGUUCUACAAACGAGCUCGGGCUGGUAAACAACAAUUUGAUCCCCAUAUCUAGAGCAGAUUUCUCUGCCGGAUUGAUCACUGCGAUUGCAAACAGCGGUGGUAACAGCGCGACAGAGCUAUUACAACAGCAGUCGGAGUUGUUACUACAAAUCCUCCCGCAGGAAUAUUUAUUGAGCUAUGCGCAAAAUAUUGCGAAACUGACUAAUGCGAGUAAUAAUAAUAAUAAUAAUAAUAAUAAUAACAACAAUAUCGCGAACAGUCUGAGCAAUAAUCAUCUCAAAAGCGUCUAUGAUCACGCUGCUCGCGCACUUGCUUCUCAGUCAUCUUUAGACUCUGUCCUAAAUUCUAAAACGACGCACGCGGAGCCUGGAACCCAUCCACUACAACCAAUCUCAUCAUCGGCGUCGGUUGUUCAAUCAACAGUUUCCUCGUGUUCCGGUCGAUCCGGUCAACCACUCGGUUCGCCGCAUCGAUCUGACGCAUCCGAAUAUUCCUCUACUGGCAAUCCAAUCGCAUUUCACACCAGUCUGGUGUCAAACAGCAAUUUUACUGGGCCUCAGCAGCAACAACAGCAUUCCAUCGGGACUAGACCGAAGCCGCCCGAACCGGUUAAACCGAUUCGCGCGGUCACUACAGGACGUUCCGUUCCUCCCCCCACAAACAGCCCGGUGUUCUCAAAUUCAACCAGCUCGCCUUCACCUCGUUUUUCACCGAAUCGGCGACUUAGCGGCUCUGUUAUUGACAACAAUUCAGGUAUGACGGUUUCUCAUGUCACCAAAGUAUGGCCAACCCCACCACAAGCGAAUGCUAGUCAGCAAACCCCAGCAGUAGUUAGUACUGCUCACCAUCAAGGACAACACUUACCAGCCGGCUAUGAUUUGUGUACGUUGUCAGCCGUGGCACGUCAAGCUGGUCUCAUUACCUCAUCGUCUACUGCAAACCGAAUGGGGCCACCAAACACAGCGGCCUUUCUCUCUCAGUGGGAUAGUGCCACACAACAGCUGGCUCUUCUCACUCAGAAUCGAGACUUGACCGGGCUCACUGAUGCUUGCGGACGCAAAAUAUCCACCGGGAUGCUCGUUCCGCAGUCGAUUGCGUGCAGUGCACCGACAACUGCAGGCACAUCAUCGACUAUCGCACCGUCGUCGUCAUCAUCGCAUUCAGGAAACGGCGUGGUCGAAUGUUCAACUGCCUCGAGCAUGCGUCGCUUCAGUGGGUAA